AUGGGAGGUGUCAGCCAUUCUGCUGCUGUCGGUCCCGACGGCCUGGGGCAAGCUAGAAAGCGUAAUGUCACCAUGGCGGGGCUAGACAGCUCUCCGGGGAGUGUAGAUGUGGAUGAUAUCGAGGACAGUGAGCUUCGGGAAGAGAAGAAGAGACAGCCUGUGAAACGCGCGUGCAACGAAUGUCGCCAGCAGAAGCUUCGAUGCGAUGUGCAACAAGACCCAUGGUCUGAUUGUUCGCGAUGUCGACGUCUCAAACUCGAUUGCAAGAUCGAAUCGAACUUUAAGCGCGUCGGAAAGCGAAGUCGAAAUGCAGAGAUGGAACGCGAGAUUAUUGAAUUGAGGAAGCAGGUUGCGAAUUCGCAAGCAAAUAAUAUCGCCCAGCAGCAGCAACAACCUCUCCAGUCGGCGCAUCCUACACCAAAGCAAGAAUCAAGCCAUGUCAGUCCGGCUGGGGCUUACCAGACGCCUUCUGCCAUAUCGUCAGACCAGUACAUGGGUUCUCAAGAGGCUGUGGCGUCCUUGUUAGACUUACGUUCGGGCUUUGAUGGCUCCAACUACAUGCGGAAUGGCAAUCAUCAGCUUAAGCGACUUGAAGAUGUCAUGGUCGUGCCGGAGACGGCAACAGAGUUAUUCAACCUGUUUUUCCUAUUCUAUCAUCCGUUCCUUCCGUUCCUCGACCGAGAGCGAUCGCCUGAUGAUUACUAUAACACUUCGCCGCUGCUCUUCUGGACCAUAAUCAGCGUCGGUGCGCGACGGUACCAAGGGGAUUCUCAUCUCCUUAACUCUCUGGCCGGUCCAGUGUCGCGACUCGUGUGGAGCACAUUGGCGGACAUCCCACAGAGCUACCAUGUCGUCAAGGCUCUUUGUCUGCUUUGUACCUGGCCCUUUCCAACCAGCAGUACCUCUACAGAUCCAACGUUCAUGCUGUGUGGUAUGAUGAUGCAAGUCGCCAUGCAACUUGGUCUUCACCGACCUUCGCACACUCAGGACUUUAGCAAGUUCAGAGUGGAACUUAUUGAGGAAGAGCUCAGGGACAAAGUGAGAACAUGGGCGAUCUGCAAUAUUGUGGCUCAACGGGUUGCGACUGGUUAUGGACAACCACCAUCUACCCUCUAUGAUUGGACGCUGUCGUGGAGCGAGUUGACGGACCCGAACUUUAAGCUCCCUGAAGGCAUUAAGCCGAGACUUGAGAUCGAGAGGUUCUGUAACAAGGUCACAAAGGCCCUCUACACCAACCAGCGAGACCCUGUUGGACUGUGCAGUGACCAAGAGCGGUCAACUUUGAUAUCGUUCCUCUCGCGAGAUUUCGACGAGCUUGAACAAAAGCAUAAAGCACAAUAUGACUGUAUCACCGACCUCUACUUGCGCGCCUCGAACCUCCACCUUCACUUAUCAGCUUUCUUCGACGACCCGACUAUUACAAAGAAUUACCGUGAGCGCCUCCUCACUCUAUACGCCACGACAACAUCAUUUCUCGAAGCAGCCAUGAACCUUGAAACUGAAGUUGGGCCGGUUCUAUCUUACACCCCUUAUUAUAUUUACCAGAUGAUGGUUGCAGGAGGAUGCACGCUGCAGAAGCUGGGCAAGAGCUUCUUCUCCACUCACAUCGAUAUGGAUUACACCAAGAACCUCUUCAACCGAACCAUCUGGGCCAUCCGGGGCGUGUCCGUGUCUAGCAACGAUCUCCCGGAACGGUUGGCAGAGGUUCUGGCGCAGAUGUGGAGAUUGGGAAGUGCCCCAACUCCUAAUAGCGAGGUUGACGACACUUUGACGUUGAAGGUACGCUGUCGCAUGAGUAUGUCGUUGCUUUACGACUCUGUAUGGAGAUGGCGGGAGGAUGCCAGGACCAAGGGUCGGAAUAUCGAAGCAUAUCUCAAAAACCCAACAAACCCCGACUCCAACGCAGACUCCUCAGCCAACUCCUCUGCUGCCGCAGGCCGUCCCGCAUCCUCAACACCAGUUGUCAGCGGCGGGGACCCCAGCCUAGCACCCGCACCUAUUCUCCCUCAAGCCAAUCUCGGAGUGCAAGGAGAAACACAUGCCCUACCGAGCGGGUUCAUGGAACCGAACUACGAGGUCUUUGACCCGCUAAACUGGCUACUCGAUGGUUUGGUGGAUCUGCCGUAUCCGUACUCGACGGUUUCGGGAAUGGAGGCUCAGGGCAUUGCCUAG